CUCUCUCUCUCCUCAUUUCGUUCUCAUAAAACUCAACACGAAACCAACCAGAAACUCCAUUAAAACCUCUUCACAGACACACAACAAGAACUCGCACAAAACUAGCAGAAAUGGUGGCGGCAAAUCACGCCGGAGGCGUAGGAGCACCGGCGACGAUGAAGAGCUUCGCCGUCCAGACAAUCACCGGAAGAUGGUUCAUGUUCUUCGUGAGUCUUCUGGUCAUGUCUUCGUCAGGAGCAACAUACAUGUUCGGUCUCUAUUCCAACGAGAUCAAACGCUCCUUAGGCUACGACCAAACAACAGUGACCCUCCUCAGUUUCUUCAAAGACCUCGGAGCCAACGUGGGUGUCUUGUCCGGUCUCAUCAACGAGGUUACUCCUCCUUGGGUCGUCCUCUCCAUGGGCGCAGUCCUCAACUUCUUCGGCUACUUCAUGAUUUGGUUAGCCGUCACGAAUCGGAUCCCGAAACCGCACGUGUGGCACAUGUGUUUGUACAUCUGUGUCGGGGCGAAUUCUCAGUCUUUCGCUAACACCGGAGCUCUAGUCACGUGCGUAAAGAACUUCCCAGAGUCUCGGGGAGUUGUGUUGGGGAUUCUCAAGGGUUAUGUCGGCCUCAGUGGCGCCAUCAUCACUCAACUUUUCCACGCUUUCUAUGGAGACGACACCAAGUCUUUGAUCUUGCUCAUCGGUUGGUUACCCGCGGCGAUUUCCUUCGCGUUCUUGAGGACAAUAAGGAUAAUGAGGGUCGUUAGGCAGCCAAAUGAGCUAAAGAUCUUCUACAAAUUCCUCUACAUAUCAUUGGGCCUCGCCACUUUCCUCAUGAUCGUCAUCAUCACCGACAAGGUAACCGGUUUCACCCGCAGCGAGUACGGAGGCAGUGCCGGUGUGGUAAUCUUGUUGCUCCUCUUACCGAUCGUUGUGGUAAUCCUCGAGGAAAAAAGACUAUGGAAGGAGAAACAAUCCGCUUUGAACGAUCCCUCGCCGCUAAAUAUUGUCACCGAAAAACCCGCCAUAGAUCAAGAAACGAGCAGCAAUAACGAGGACAGUGGAAGCAAGAGCGUUAAGGAUGUUUCAAACGAGGUGAAGUCGCCUUCGUGUUGGAAGACGGUGUUUAGCCCGCCGGACAGAGGAGAAGACUACACGAUCUUGCAAGCGUUGUUCAGCGCCGACAUGCUGAUCUUGUUCUUGGCGACGAUAUGCGGAGUAGGAGGGACACUGACGGCGAUCGACAACUUGGGACAGAUCGGAGACUCGUUAGGUUACCCUAAACGUAGCAUCAGCACGUUCGUCUCACUCGUCAGCAUAUGGAACUACUUCGGUCGUGUCUCUUCAGGGGUCGUGUCCGAAAUCUUCUUGAUCAAGUACAAGUUCCCGAGACCAUUAAUGUUCACCAUUAUCCUCUUGGUCUCAUGCAUCGGCCACCUCCUCAUCGCCUUCAACGUUCCGGGCGGCCUGUACAUCGCCUCGGUCAUCAUCGGCUUCUGCUUCGGCGCUCAAUGGCCUCUCAUUUUCGCGAUAAUAUCCGAAAUCUUCGGGCUAAAGUAUUACUCGACGUUGUAUAACUUCGGAGGGAUGGCGAGUCCCGUCGGAUCGUACUUGCUGAGCGUUCGAGUCGCGGGUAACUUGUACGACAAGGAAGCGGAGAGGCAGAUGAGGGAAUUAGGGUUAACGAGGCAAGAGGGUGAAGACCUAACGUGCAAUGGGACCGCGUGUUUCAAAACGUCGUUCAUCAUAAUAACUGCGGCCACGUUGUUCGGCGUUUUGGUCUCUGCCCUUUUGGUGGUUAGGACCAAGAAGUUCUACAAGAGCGAUAUCUAUAAGAAAUUCAGGGCAGACGCGAGGACCGCUGAGACGGAAAGGGUGGCGGAUCAAAACGAUGCCGUUCGAGGCAAAGGAGUACGGAUAGAAUAGUAAAAAUUUAAAAUCAUGAAAUGGUAUGUACUCUAUUUACAUAGUUGAAAUUGCUGGGUUGGGUAUAUAAAAAUGUAAAAACGGUGAAAUAAUAAUAUUUUCUUCUAUA